AUGUAAAACUUAGCACUCAUUAAAAAUCUAGAGAGAAAUAUGUUAGUGAGAGAAACUACUCACACUUCCUCCUCAUUGCAAGAAUUGGAUUUGCUUGACCGUAGUGUCAAGAGGAUCAAAAACGCAGUUCUAGGCCUAGUUACAAUGGCCAUUGAAACAUUGGGUUCUGAUGUUCACAUGUCGGAACAGUUGCUAGCCUCCUCCAAAGAUGUCCUUACAGACACUCUUAUGGGGGAAUUGAACAACAAAUCUGGCGUAAAUAAAUCGAGCUCUUACAAAGAUAAACUCUUGAUUUUGGAAAAUCCAAUUGCACUCACUUUCUCCAUGAUACUAGACUAUAUGGAUGAAGAGUCAAAUGUUGACGAUGACCUUGACGAUGAUUCACCUGUGGUCUUUCUAUCUAAAGUAGAGAAACAAAGGAUCCAUGCUCCAUGGAUAAAUGCUUUGAUUAUUAGGGCGUUUUAUCACAAACCACUGGAUGAUGUUGAUCUUCACAAGGUUAUAUUUGGCGGACCAUGGUUUGUGGGUCCUCAUUACCUGACAAUGAGGAGAUGGGCACCUAAUUUUGUUCCCUUUGAAGCACUCCACUCAUUCACAACUACAACCAUUUGGGCCCAAUUGCCAAAUCUCUUGACUGACUAUUACGAUUUGAAAACUCUGCAAAAAAUUGCCCAACUAGGGAUAUCAUCAUCUGGCACAAUCUCCAAGAACCCCACACUUGGUAAUGGUGUUGAUAGGCUUGCCUCUGAAGAUAGAUCUCAGGCGCUCCUCUCUAUCAACUUCCGGCAUACCUCAAUAAAUGGAAAACCUUUACCCGAUGAUAACCUUGGAACCCAACCUCCAAGCAUACUUGGUGAACAAUGGAACAUGCAUUCUGGUGAAGGAUGCUUGCUUUCUUCUACAGCAACCAAACUUCCUCAAUCCACUACCAAGACCAUGGAACGAGUCCCAGAUUGUUCGAUCUUGGUGAAGCCCUCUGAUUCUUCCAAAAGACCUAAACCCCCUAGAGUUCAGUCACCGAGUUCAAUGAAGUCGAUCAUCUUGUUCACUCGAGUUCUCUCACUUGCUCAAACCCAGAUGGAGAUGGAAUAUGAAGUCAUAAUGAUACCCUACCAUUUUCCCAAUGCACAGAUGGUGGUGGAGGAACCGAGUCAGAAUGCAAAGAUUCUCAAUCACAAUGCAGCCAAGGAGACAUUGGGUUUCCACAACACUGAUUUAUGCUCAAUGAAGAUCAUGGCUUGGAAUUGCCAUGGUGCGGCUAAUCAAAGCUUUAUACACCAUUUUAGAGAUUUGAGGAAUACCCAUUCUCUCGUUAUGAUGUUGAUCUCGGAAACGAAGCUAGCUAGAGACAGAGCGAUGGAUAUUGCUUCUAAGCUUUAUUCAAGUUAUCAUAUUGUUGAUGCAGAGGGAUUUGCUAGGGGUUUGUGGCUUCUCUAGGACAGCAAUCAAAUAUCUAUGGAGGUUAUGUUUACUAGCAAUCAAGUUAUUCAUGCAAU